AGCAAAUUAGAAACAGGGCAGAGUACCCUCGGCAACGCGCAACCACGGGCCAGCCCUUCCGGAAUCGAGGAGCCCCUCCCUCCCGUCUUCCCCCGCCGUCUCGCCUCCUCGCUGCGCUCCGUUUCCUCCUCGUGCACAGAUUCGGCGCCGCACCGCCCAAUAAAUCGCACCAGAACAACUCCCGCAUCCCCCCAAAACCCACCGCCCAAGCAAAGCGCGAAGCAGCGACCCCGCCGCCGCGAUGAUCCUCCGCAUCCGCAGCCGCGACGGCACGGACCGCAUCACAGUGCCGGACCCGGCCUCCGCCACCGUCGCCGACCUGCAGCGCCUCAUCGAGUCCAGCCUCACCGUCCCCGUCCCGCUCCAGCGCCUCUCCCUCGACCCCGCCCUCCUCCUCCCCAACCCCUCCGCCGCCGUCCCCCUGCUCUCCGACCAGGCCGCCCUGCUCGCCUCGCUCCGCCUCGCCAACGGCGCCUUCGUCUACCUCUCCUACCCGCCCGACGCGCGCUCUGCCCGCCCGCCGCCGCCCAAGGCGCUCUCCACUGCGGGCUCCUUCGGCAGGAAGAUGACCAUGGACGACCUCAUCGCGCGCCAGAUCCGCGUCACCCGCCAGGAGGCCCCGCUCUGCGCCGCAGCCUCCUUCGACCGCGACGCCGCCAACGCGUUCCAGCUCCACGUCGCCGAGUCGCUUGCCUUCGCCGUCAAGCGAGCCGGAUUCCUCUACGGCCGCGUCGACGCCGAGACCAAGGAGGUCUUUGUCGACUUCAUCUACGAGCCGCCGCAGCAGGGCUCAGAGGACGUGGUCCAGCUCAUGCGGAGUCCCGACGAGGAGGCGCGCGUCGACGCCAUCGCCGAGGGGCUCGGGAUGCGGCGGGUCGGCCUCGUUUUCACGCAGGCCGUGGGGAGGAAGGCCAGCGAGACAGGCGAGUACACCAUGUCCAACCGGGAGGUCGUGCAGGCUGCCCAGCUGCAGGCGGAUGGUGGGAUCCCAGAGUGGGUCACAGCCAUAGUGAAGCUGGAAGUAGGGGAUGACGGUACCGGAGAUGUGCACUUUGAAGCCUUCCAGAUGAGUGAGAUUUGUGUCAAGCUCUUCAAGGACGGGGUACUGGAAACUGAGGUUGGGGAUGCUGACGAUCCUCGCCUCUCAAAGAUGCGGAAGGAGGUGAUGGCAGGGGGCAAGGAUACCAUGGAGGUGGACAAUGACUUCUUCCUCGUGCCUGUCAAGAUCUCCGAUCACCAGGGUCCACUGUCAGUAGGCUUUCCUAUAGAGAACCGUGGCAGUCCUGUAGGAAUGAGCGCACUGAGAAGCCACCUGGACCGUGUGAAGCAUCUGCCAUUUGUGAAGCGGAUCUCUGACUUCCAUUUGCUUCUCCAGGUCGCUAUUUUCCUAGAUGUAAAAGCAGACGUGCCUGCCCUAGCCGCAUGUGUAAAAACUCAGAGCAGAGUGCCUGAGGGUUACCAGCUUCUGAUCGAGUCCUUGGCCGGUCAGGGAUAAUCUUGCUUCUGGAAGCAAGACAUGAUGAUGCUUAAUUUACUUAUCAUAUCAUUUGUAACUUAUGGAUGUCUCAGUUGUGUAAGUCUUGUUCAAUUGGUAUGCGCUUACCUUUCUGCAAGCGCAACAUCUUUCAUUAUGUGGGUCUUGUGGGCGAUGCUUGAAUCUAGUCCUGCGCUGAGUAAAAGCCAAGUCUUUUGGAGCGUCGUGGAGGUUCCAUUAUCUGGAGUUCGGAGGUGCGGAAGAACGGUGAUACUGAAUAACAUGGUGGAACCCGAUAAAACCUUGUACCUGGUCUGCAUGCAAUGCUUGGUUCAAGUACAGUUGCGGGCAAUAAUCUCUUUGUUGUGGUCAAUAUAUUGUUACUGAUUGUAUCUUAUGCCUUGCAUCAGUUAUGUGACCAUGGAUUGAGGGUUCUAUUUUUA